AUGUACCACACUGGAGACGAGUACGGGGAAGACAAGCACGCCGACGAGGAUGCGAUUACGCCUCCCAUUUUGAAGCAGAUCUUCAAAUCACUCCUUCCAACCUUCGAUAAGGUUAUCGUGUUGAACGCUCUUUAUGGGAUUCUCCUUACUAAACGUCUUCCUCAGAUUCUUCAAGUCCGACUCGCACACGACGGAACCGUUCAGAAAUCGACGACGAUGAGUGCCAUAACCCGCUAUGAUAUCUCGAACCUGGGGUUGGGACCAGACGACGAAGACUAUUCAGACGGCGUCGCCUGCAUUGAGGCGUACUGGGCGUACGCGUUGGACAUGACGCCAGAGACUCGAGACAAAUACCUUGGGUUGCUCAGAAACAAAAAGUGGACGCAUACCGUAUCCUCCCGAAAGCAACCUUCCCAACACCGUCUCUACAAAAGCUCAGUCGGCAAAACGAUUCCAGGAUUCCUUGUCAUAAGGGCGCUUUAUAAAAAGGUACCGGAGGAAUUCAAGAACCGCAUCAGAGAACGGGGUCAUGUUAUCCCAGACCAAGACCGCACAAAAGAAUACUUGGAACUGUUCCCUGACACGACGCCCGCGCCUGUAUUCGAUUUCGAGACACCAGAAGCAAGAAAUUACGCAGCACAAUGGCCUUCCCUCAAAGUGACACCAAGUAUCUACCGUCAAAAACCGGUGCAGCAAGCACCUCAGGCAACACUGGUCAGCCAAGCUGCUCAAACCAUCGCACAAGCAACGCCGGCUCAGCGGGUACCGCGAUAUCGCCUACCUACUCCAACCGUCACGCUAUCUACAACGAUCCAUCAGAGACCGCGAAACCCUGUUCGAAGGAUAAUAUUGCGAGAGCUACAACCCGGAGAGGAGGCAAAUCGGAGGCAGAUUGGGGAUGUGGUUUGCAAUGUGGCUGGAAGCAAUGCUACGGUUGCGUGGUCAGCAACGCGGGAAAUGACACCGAUUCCAGCCAUCAACAUGGCCGACGAUGUUACUGUUUCUUCCACAGUAGCACAAGUAGCCGCGACGGCUUCGGUACAGCCAGUCAUGCGGCUUAGCGCAGGAGAGACGACACUAGGACAACAGAAGUCGAUGCUACCCUCGGGGCAACAACAGGCUGAACAGCGUGUGAGAUCGGAACCGACAAGGCCACUUAUUGAGUCGCAACUUAGUCGAUUGAUGCGUAAUCAUCCGCUUCUCAGCUUAGUCGCACCGACGUCUGAGCAACAACAGGCUGAACUCCAGCCUAUGCCAUUGUUGGACAGAACUGCAGAAAUAUCGUUGCAUAAUGUGAUGGAUGCAAGGUGGGAGGCGACGACAGCGUGGAUGAGGGCAGCUUCUGAAGAAUUCGUUUGGAUUCGGUCGCAGUUGGAACGCCAGAACCAGGGAUGA